AUGGCUACCGAAGAUGAUAACUUCGAUAUUGACAUCUAUGGUGACGGUGGUGGUUACAAUACCAAUGAACAGGGUGAUGAUUCGGAGCUGGUGUUAGAUGCCCCAGAGGCCACACCGUCGCAGGCACCACCGCAGGCACCGACACAGCCUUCAGGAAACAAUACCACCGCCUCUGAACAAAACAAACCUCACGAUCCACAACCUCAACCCCCAACCAACGGUGACCACACAAUGGGCCAACAAAACUCCGCAGAUGCGCCUGCACCCCAUGGUGUUAAGCGCAAGGAAUAUGAUGACCGACCCUCUGACCCAGAUGCCACCACUGCCUUACUUGUUUCCGAUCUCUCAUGGUGGACAACAGAUGAUGACAUCCGUGGCUGGGUAAACCAGGCAGGUAGUGAAGACGAGCUUAAAGAUGUGACAUUCAGUGAGCACAAGGUAAAUGGAAAGAGCAAAGGCCAAGCAUUUGUGGAAUUCACCACCUCCCAGGCUGCCACGGCCACCAAGCACAAACUUGAGAGCCUUGCUGCCUCGGGCCGUAAAUACAUGGUCAACUACACCAACCCUCAUGCGAACCCGUUCCGCACCCUCCCGAAGGAUGCCCCCAUGCGCAAGGAUAAUCCCCGCGGUGGCGGCGUUACUCCUGGGUUCAGCUCUGGCAACCAAAACAUGAACUUCAACAGUGGAGGCAACAUGGGCAUGGGCGGUGGCUACCGUGGCCGAGGCGGGUACAACAACAACCGUGGAAUGGGCGGUAACAUGAACUUCAACAAUCGCGGUAACUUCAACAAUAUGGGUAAUGGCUUCCAGGGCGGUGCUGGUCCCGGCAUGAUGGGUGGCUUCCAAGGUAAUGCCAUGGGUGGCAUGCAGAACUACGGCUUCAAUAACCGUGGAGGCAUGGUAGGCGGCAUGCGUGGUGGCCCUGGUGGGAUGCGUGGUCGUGGCGGAGGUAAUAUGAUGGGAAUGCCAGGAAUGAAUCCCAUGGCUGGUGGCAUGGGCAUGAACCCAAUGGCUGGUGGUAUGAACCCAAUGAUGGGCGGGAUGGGUGGAAACAUGGGCAUGCAGGGCCAAGGCUUCCAAGCUCCUAACCCAGCUUUCAACCAAGGGUUCUUCAACAACCAAGGUGGCGGUGGAGACGCAUCCUGGAAUCCCCACGGUGCGAAGCGCAGUCGCCAGGAGUAG